GUUCGUUUCUGUCUCGUCUGUGUCUUCGUUAGCAGUAGUAGCAGUUUCCUACCCAAUUCUACCACUUUACUGGUAGCGGCACUACAACGAUUUCUAGUCAGAGCAAAACACCUCUGGCAAUCGAAAACCAAGCCAGCAGUAGCUUUCGAACUCUGAAAAUGGACAAAAAGACGUCUGCUGAAUCGCCUGCCAACCAGGCUUCAGAAAUCCCGGCUGCAUUGCCGUUUUUGGCUGUUGAACCCCAAAAAGUCGAUUCGUCUCUGGACGACUUGUUUAAGAACGCUGCUCCUGUUCAAAGACCUCCUAAGCGAGAUAUUACCGUGCUCGAGCAGCCCGAACCAAAAAACAACGAUGAAGAGACAGCAGCUUCUGCUGUCGACGAGGACGUUGCCAUGGAUGGAGAACAAAAUGGUGAAAACGAUGAAAAAGAAUCGAAGGCUUCGGUCGAGUUGAGCCAGAAUCAGCAAAGAAAAAAGGCUAAGAAGCAGAAGAAGCAAAAAGACGAAUCGUUAGAGGCAAACUACUUGGAAAAACUUGCUGAAGAAGAGGAGGAGGAACAGAAGACGCAAGAGAAGAAGGACGAAAAAGAGGACAAGAAGGAGGCGGAAAAGGAGGAGGAAAUUCCUGAAGAAGAGAAGCCCCUUGUUGAAAUCGAGAAUCGUGUGAAUAAAGAGCUCGAAAAGUCUGAGCGUACCGUUUUUGUAAACAACCUUCCUGCAAAAAUUGUAACUGACAAGAAAUUAACAAAGUCUUUGAAAAAACACUUCUCUCAGUACGGUAAGGUCCAAUCCGUACGCUUCCGCUCCAUUGCCUUUUCUGAAGUUAUUCCUAGAAAGGCAGCUUUCAUCGAGAAGAAGUUUCACGAUGAGCGCGACAGUGUAAAUGCUUACGUUGUCUUUGAAACUUCAAAAGCAGCUCGUGAAGCUGUGAAACUUAAUGGAACAAUGUUCCUUAACCGACACCUUCGUGUCGAUCACAUUAGCCAUCCCGCUCCUCAGGUGAACAAACGCUGUGUGUUUGUUGGAAAUUUGGCUUUUGAAGCCGAGGAGGAGCCUCUUUGGUGCUAUUUUGAACCUUGUGGUCCUGUGGAAUAUGUACGUAUUAUCCGUGAUCCGAAGACCAAUCUUGGUAAGGGAUUCGCAUACGUUCAAUUCCAGUCAGCCGAGUCUGUCGACAAGGCUCUUCUCUUGAAUGGCAAAAAAAUGCCUGAAGGUAGAACUCUUCGUGUCAGCCGCUGUAAGGUUGCCAAGCAAAACAAGUUUAAGGGUAAGGGCAAGCGUAAGGGCGAUCAACACGAUCGUACAUUGGAAGGUCGUUCCCGUAAUCUUAUUGGCAAAUCUGGUCAAGCUAUUAUCAAGCAAGGUAUUGCCAUGGCUUUGGAAGGAUACCGCGCCAAGGCCGGUGACAACCCUAUCAUGAAGAAGCAUCGUAAGAAGAAGCCCGUCUCAAAAACGAAAAAGGGAAAGCAUUAG